AGCCAGUUUGACUCAGGGACCAGCCAGGCGAAUCCCACUAUGCCGACGUAUGCCAAGGAACUCAGGCUCUUCGUCCAGCGGCUCAGGAGAGCAGGGCUCGAGCCGAACGGUGCUUCGGCACUCUCGUGCGGACCGUUUUUUCGCUUGGACUUCGUGUCUUGCAGCAAGCGUGGAACGAAAACGAAACGAAAGCGGAAAGCACUGUUCAAAACUCGAGCCCUGCAGGAGAGUGGUGGAGAACAGACCUUCGGCCCACGCGGGCACGAGGUGGGCCGCAGGAGCGCACCACGAGAGGCAGCCGCCGCGGCGCCCGCCGCGGGCCGCCCGCAAGGUCCACCCGGCAGCGGCAGAGGCGCGCCCCCGGAGGAAGCGCAGCCCGCCGCCCGAGGUGUGUGAGGGCGCGGCUGAGAGCGCGGCGAAUCACACCCUCGCAAGCCGCCGUGGUUCUCAGACCUCGGACGAUACCUGGUGGGCGGUGCCGAAGCAUGGCACUCCGCAGACCAGGCAGCCGGUGGCGAACAGGUGCGUCGGAGGCCUCGCGAGCCGCCGUGGCUUUCACAUCUCGGUGGAUACCCGGUGGACGUUUGCGGAUGAUGGCACCCCGCAGAUCACGCAGUCGAUGGCGAGCAGAUGCGUCGACGGCAGCAUCGCCGGCGGCGCCGGCAGCAUGAUCUGCUCUGGCUGCGCCGGCGGUGCCGGCCGCACCGCGGGCAGGCCCGGGAAGCCCCGCCUCCAAGCGGUGCGGUGGCCACACAUCGGGGUGAGUCAGUAGAGUGGAGGCUCAUGCAAAGGCAAGCCCCGCUUGCCUCCAGGGUGCCCUGGGUUUCUUCGGUUUCGACGGGCUUGCGAAGGAAGGCGUGGCGUUGCUUCACCAGAAGCAAUGUGGACGUCCUGGGGUCUCAGGGUUGGGCUUUUCGUGGGAGGUUCCGCGUGGUCGAGCUCCUGCUGUAGGGAUUCUCA